GCCGUUUCCCAAUUAGGUAAAGGCUGAUUCUCUCCAGCCGGGUUAAACUCUACCUUUUCACGGGUAUUCCGACCAACUGAAUAUUUACGGCUUUCUCGAACACAAUCAAUCUACCAAAAAUCCUUAAUAUUCUCUCAUUUUCAAGAUGCUGGCAAGAAACUCUGUCAGGUCGGCGCAAAGCCUUUUGCGAACCGCCCACGUCGCUCCCACUAGAACUUUCGCAACUGUUCAAUCCGAUAUCUUCAAGCCUACAAAGUAUGGUGGAAAAUAUACCGUUACUUUAAUUCCUGGUGACGGUAUUGGAGCCGAGGUUGCUGAGUCUGUAAAGACAAUUUUCAAAGCAGACAAUGUGCCGGUCGAAUGGGAACAAGUUGAUGUAUCUGGUGUUGAAACCGGAGACAAGCACUCCGAGGACUUGUUCCGGGAGUCAAUAGCAUCCUUGAAGAGAAAUAAGCUUGGUCUUAAGGGUAUCUUGCACACACCUGUCGAGAGAUCUGGUCACCAAUCUUUCAACGUCGCACUCAGACAAGAACUCGAUAUCUACGCAUCCAUUGUUCUCAUCAAGAACAUCCCAGGUUACAACACUCGCCACAAGGAUGUCGAUCUCUGCAUUAUCCGUGAGAACACCGAGGGAGAAUACUCUGGAUUAGAGCAUCAAUCGGUUCCAGGUGUUGUUGAAUCUCUUAAGAUCAUUACCCGCGCCAAGUCUGAGAGAAUUGCCAAAUUCGCAUUCAGCUUUGCUCUUGCCAACAACCGUAAGAAGGUUACCUGUAUUCACAAGGCCAACAUUAUGAAGCUUGCAGAUGGUCUUUUCCGUAAAACCUUCAACGAUGUCGCUAAGGACUACCCCACUUUGGAGACCAACGAUAUGAUUGUCGACAACGCAUCUAUGCAAUGUGUAUCCAGACCACAACAAUUCGAUGUUAUGGUUAUGCCUAACUUGUACGGAGGAAUUUUGUCCAACGUUGGUGCUGCUUUGGUCGGUGGUCCAGGUCUUGUUCCUGGAUGCAACAUGGGACGUGAAGUUGCUGUUUUCGAACCUGGUUGCCGUCACGUUGGUUUAGAUAUCAAGGGCAAGGAUCAAGCUAACCCAACUGCUAUGAUUCUUUCUGGUUCCAUGCUUUUGAGACAUCUUGGUCUUGAUGACCACGCUAACAGAAUCUCCAAGGCUGUUUAUGACGUUAUUGCUGAAGGAGCCGUUAGAACCCGUGAUAUGGGAGGAAACAACUCAACUAACCAAUUCACUCGUGCUAUUUUGGAUAAGAUGGAGUUGGCUGCAUAGAUUGGUGGAUAGACUGUAUAAAGAAUACCCUAGAUAUGGAUCGGAGUGUACAUUAAGGGGUUGAAGUGCAUGAAAAAAUCAUUAUAUCCGCAAAUUUACGUUGACUUUGAAGUGAUGUUUGUGUUUAGUCAUGGAUUUUAGCAACAGAGGUAUCAAGGUGCUCGGGAUUGCAGAGAACAGAGUUAAUCUACACUCCUUGUUUUGAAGAGAGUCAGAAAGAGUGGCAUAUAGGUUCAGAGAUUUAGUUGUUUAUCUCGAACCUCCUCCAAUCCCUACCACA